GUUGAAAUUCGUGAUGCCAAAUCAGACAAGAUUUUGUAUACCUUUGCUGAGCUCCCAAAUGAUGGCACGGUCAAACACGUCAAGAAUGAGAUUUUUGCUGCAGAUAAACGCCUCAACCCGAGUAGACAAGCCUUGCGCCUCACUCCACCUGGAAAAGCUUUGAACGACAGUCGCCGUCUAGAAGAUUUGUGCGAAGGCGAAGAGAAACGCAAGCUUUGCCUGUAUCUUCGUGAUUUGGGGCCACAAAUCGGUUGGCGCACGGUGUUCUUGGUCGAAUACACAGCGCCUCUCGUGCUCUAUUUGACAAUGUGGGUUUUACGCCAACCACAGCUACACCUGUCGUGGAUCACUCCAAUCACAACGCAUCAGGGUUUGCGAAAUCUGGCUCUUGCCUGUUGGUGCGGUCAUUACGUCAAGCGAAUAGCCGAGACUCUGUUUGUUCAUCGAUUCUCAAACGCUACGAUGCCAUUGCGGAAUUUAUUCAAAAAUGCCACCUACUACGGUGGAUUCGGUUUCUUUGUCAGUUAUUUCGUGAAUCAUCCACUUUAUACACUGCCACAUUGUUUUGAGAUACGUUCUCAUUGUUUCGGGAAUUUCUUCUAUGUUCAUCCGUUUUCGUUUCUCUCCCACACAGUGUAUGGUUGUAAACAAAUCUGUUUUGGCCUUGGCCUAUUUCUGGUCUCUGAGUAUGGCAAUUUCUGCUGUCAUCUGGUGCUGAGAAAUCUCCGUCCAGCUGGAUCUACCGUACGAGGUCUUCCGAAACCGGAACCUGGUCAGUUUUUGACACGUAUGUUCAAUCUCGUGGCCUGUCCAAACUACACUUACGAAGUCAUGGCAUGGCUAGGAUUUUCCAUCAUGACGCAGUCGCUUCCGGCUCUCAUGUUCACCGUUGUGGGAUUCAUUCAAAUGGCGAUUUGGGCAUUGAAAAAACGACAGGCCUACAUCCGCGAAUUCGCCGAGUUUCCGCGUUCCCGACGCGCCAUUGUUCCCUACUUGCUUUAAUUCACAUUAUACUGACAAACAAUGAACAUUUCCUGUCCCGGUCGUUCAUGCUGUAAUUUUAAAAUCGCUGGUAAUCGGUUCAUAACCAUUGGCUAAGCUGCAACUUAUUUUCCCACGUUGUAAAACUGCUUCGAUUUUGUGUUAAUUGCCAACAAGCGUAAAGUAUGGUGUGG